GUGGAGGAGGCGGCAGAGCGACGGUCCGGCGUCUGCUGUCGUGCGACAUUUUGUGCCCGCCCUCAAGUCGUGAGCGAAGCCUACAAAAAGGCGAAUCACCCCCGAUCCCAGCCUCUCUCACACCCACGCACACUCUCACACACGCACACACACACGCGCACACACACGCGCACACACACGCACACACACUCAACUACAUCACCAUGUCUUCCAGCAUCCCCAAAGAACACCGCGCCGCCGUCGUAGAGAAGAAGGGCGCCCCCCUCACCGUCAAGACUGUCCCCACGCCCACGCCCAAGGACCACCAAGUCCUCAUCAAGGUCUCCGCCUCGGGCGUAUGCUUCUCGGACCACUUUGCCGUCGAGGGGGUAAUGGGCACCCCCUUCCCCUACACUCCCGGUCACGAAGUCGUCGGUCACCUCGUCUCUAAAGGCUCCGGCGUAUCUGACGAAUACAAGGAGGGCUCCCUCGUCGGACUCGGCUGGAACGGCGGUUACUGCCACCAAUGCGAGGCCUGCCGUAAAGGCGAGUUCUACUCGUGCCACUCCUUCCAAGUCACGGGAGUUACGGCUCACACGGGCGGCGGCCACCAGGAGUAUGUGCUGGCCCACUGGACGGCCGUCGUCAAACUGCCAGAGAACACCGGCAUCUCCCUCCCCGAGAUGGCCCCUCUCCUCUGCGCGGGUUUGACCGUCAACGACGCUCUCCGCCACGGCAAGGCCAAGGCGGGCGACGUGGUCCUCAUCCAGGGCAUCGGUGGUCUUGGCCACCUUGCAUUGCAGUUCGCGCGCAAGGCAGGUUUCCACGUCGUAGCCGUGAGCGGCAGUGAGAGCAAGCGCGACCUCGCCCUUCAGCUGGGCGCGCACGACUACUUCGCGGCCAAGGACGCUUCAAAGAUUAAGGAGAAAUACGGCGGUGCCAAGCUGGCAGUCGCUACUGCCCCUUCUGCGGCGAGCAUUGGACCCUUGCUCCCCCUCCUUGCGCGCAACGGUGAUCUAGUCAUCGUGGGAGUGCCUACGGACGGCAAGAACUUCGAGUUCGACCCAUUGGCCAUGGUGACUCAGCGCCUCAAUGUGCGCGGCCUUACGUGCGGAUGCAGUAUCAACAACGAGGAGCUCGUCAACUUUGCUGCUCUGGGAGACAACAAGGUCAAGGCUAUGGUGCAGACGUAUAAGCUGGAUGACGCCAACAAGGCGUACGAGGAGGUCAUCAAGGGCAACCCGAAGUUCAGGAACGUCAUCGUGUUCGAGUAGGCGGGC